GCCCGGGGCGCGGCGUGGGCUGUGGGGACCGGGUGGGCGCAGGAGGCCGGGCGGGGACCGAGCUGUCGCCGCCCGCCCUGCGGACCCGCGCGGGACGCGGAGGCCCGGAUGUGGGCGCGCUCGCCGAGCCGCUGCCUUUGUGACGGUGCCGCCCCGUCGGCGACGCUCCCGGUGCUGCGCCUGCAGCUUCACCUGCUUGGGAUCUCCUGUUACUCAGGAAGCGUCAGGAACGAGGAGGGCAUGGAGGCCGAGUUGCUAACUGCCCGGUCCCACACACUGGUGACCUUCAAGGACAUACUUGUGAACUUCACGAGGGAGGAGUGGAAGCUGCUGGACCCUGCUCAGCAGCUCAUGUACAAAGAUGUGAUGUUGGAGAACUACAGAAACCUGGUGUCCUUGGGGCAUCAGCUUCCCAAGCCAGAAGUGAUCCUGCAGUUGGAGAAGGGGGAGGAGCCAUGGCUGUUGGAGAGAGGGAUUCACCAAGAGACCUAUCCAGAUUUGGAGACUGCAGUUGAAGUUAAAUCAUCAGCUUCCAGUAAGAGCAUUUCUAAAGAUAAACACUCCUGUGAUGUUAAAAUGAAAAGAAUGGCAAAGAGUGAUCUCUGGUAUUUGUCACUGGAAGAAGUCUGGACACGUGAAGGUCAGUUGGACAGGCCCCAGGGCAGCCAGGAGAGACAUCUGAGCAUCCGUCGGGUCCUGCCACCCCCCUCAGGGCGCACAAAACUGGCCGUGAGGAUGGCCACCAGGGUCCGGACGGCUGCCGUCUGGGUCCCACCUCUCCAGGAGCAAGAGAGCACAUGCGAUGGCACCAGAAAGCUCCAGGGGGAGAAAUCCAUCCUGGGUCAAGAAACCCCUGACCAGAGGCCUCUCCCUGGAGGACCCCGGCAGAGGCACAAGAGUCCCGGCACAGAGCAGGUCCUAGAGUGGCUGUUUAUUUCCCAGGAGCAGCCGAAAGCGAAGAAGACCUGGGGACCAUUGUCAUUCAUGGAUGUGUUUGUGGACUUUACCUGGGAGGAGUGGCAGCUGCUGGACCCAGCUCAGAAACACCUGUACAGGAGUGUGAUGUUGGAGAACUACAGCAACCUGGUGUCCCUGGGGUAUCAACACACCAAACCGAAUAUCAUUUUCCAGUUGGAACAAGAAGAGCUGUGGAUGAUGCAAAUUCCAAGUGAGGGCCAUAUGGACGAAGUCUGGGAAAUUGAUGGUCAUAUGGAAUGGCAUAAGGAAAAUCAAGGCAAGCUAAGAAGUAUGUCAAAAGGCUAUCAGUGUACUGCAUUUGGAAAACUAUGUCUUCUUAGUACAGAUUAUGUUUCUUCAAGACAAAAACUUCAUAAAUGUGUCACAAAUGGAAAGAGUUUGAAAUAUAGUACAGAUUUCGGUAAUAAUUUUUCCAGAAAGAAUCCUAAUGGGUUUCAUGCACAUAGGGAAUCAUCCUUCCAUUCUAAACAUGAGCAAGCUGUUAUUGGGAUAAAAUACUGUGAAAGUAAUAAAUCUGGAAAAACUGCCAACAGAAAGUCACAGCUCAUAUGCCAGCAAAUACGUAUGGGAGGAAAGCCCUUUGAAUGCAGUUACUGUGGGAAGGCCUUCAGUAGCAAGUCAUACCUUGUGGUGCAUCAGCGAACUCAUGCAAAAGAAAAACCCUACAAAUGUAAUGGAUGUGGGAAAGACUUCAGCAGCAAGUCCUACCUCAUUGUUCAUCAGAGAACUCACACAGGAGAGAAACUACAUGAAUGCAGUGUUUGUCAGAAAACUUUCAGUUUCAAUUCACAACUUGUUAUACAUCAGAGAAUUCACACGCGGGAGAAUCCCUAUGAAUGCUGUGAAUGUGGGAAAGUCUUCAGUAGGAAAGACCAGCUUGUUUCACACCAGAGAACUCAUUUAGGACAGAAACCCUAUGGGUGUCAUGACUGUGGGAAAGCUUUUGGUUUGAAAUCACAACUCAUUAUACAUCAAAGAAUUCACACAGGGGAGAAACCCUAUGAAUGCAGUGAUUGUCAGAAAGCUUUUAAUACAAAGUCUAACCUCAUGGUACAUCAGAGAACCCACACGGGGGAGAAACCCUAUGGUUGUAGUGAAUGUGGGAAAGCCUUUACUUUCAAGUCACAGCUCAUUGUACAUCAGGGAGCACACACUGGGGUAAAACCCUAUGCAUGUAAUCAGUGUGGAAAAGCGUUCAGUUUGAAGUCACAACUCAUUGUACAUCAGAGAAGUCACACAGGAGUGAAACCCUAUGGAUGCAUUGAAUGUGGGAAAGCUUUUAGGAGCAAGUCCUACCUCAUCAUACAUAUGAGGACUCACACAGGAGAGAAACCACAUGAGUGCAGUGAAUGCGGGAAAUCCUUCAGUUUCAAUUCACAACUUAUUGUACAUCAGAGAAUUCACACGGGGGAGAAUCCGUAUGAAUGCAGUGAAUGUGGAAAAGCCUUCAGUCGGAAAUACCAGCUCAUUUCACACCAGAGAACUCAUGCAGGGGAGAAGCCCUAUGAAUGCAGUGACUGUGGGAAAACUUUUGGUUUGAAGUCACAGCUCGUGAUACAUCAGAGAACUCAUACAGGAGAGAAACCCUUUGAAUGCAGUGAAUGUCAGAAAGCCUUUAACACAAAGUCGAAUCUUAUUGUUCAUCAGAGAACCCACACAGGAGAGAAACCCUAUGGUUGUAGUGAAUGUGGGAAAUCCUUUACUUUCAAGUCACAGCUUAUUGUACAUCAGGGAGCACACAGUGGGGUGAAACCCUAUGGGUGUAAUCAGUGUGCAAAAGCCUUCAGUUUGAAGUCACAGCUCAUUGUACAUCAGAGAAGUCACACAGGGUUGAAACCCUAUGGAUGCAUUGAAUGUGGGAAAGCUUUUAGGAGCAAGUCCUACCUCAUCAUACAUAUGAGGACUCACACAGGAGAGAAACCACAUGAAUGCAGUGAAUGCGGGAAAUCCUUCAGUUUCAAUUCACAACUUAUUGUACAUCAGAGAAUUCACACGGGGGAGAAUCCGUAUGAAUGCAGUGAAUGUGGGAAAGCCUUUAAUAGAAAAGAUCAGCUCAUCUCACAUCAGCGAACUCAUGCUGGGGAAAAACCUUAUGGGUGCAGUGAGUGUGGGAAAGCCUUUAGUAGCAAGUCAUACCUCAUUAUACACAUGAGAACUCAUUCUGGGGAGAAACCAUAUGAAUGCCACAAAUGCGGGAAAGCCUUCAUUUGGAAGUCGCUACUCAUUGUACACGAGCGCACUCAUACAGGGGAAAACCCUUAUAAAUGCAGUCAAUGUGAGAAGUCCUUCAGUGGAAAAUUACGGCUCAUUGUACAUCAGAGAAUGCACACAAGAGAGAAGCCCUAUGAAUGCAACGAAUGUGAAAAAGCCUUCAUUAGGAAGUCUCAGCUCAUUGUACAUCAGAGGACUCAUUCAGGGGAGAAACCCUAUGGAUGCAGUGAAUGUGGAAAAACCUUCUCUCAGAAAUCAAUUCUCAGUGCACAUCAGAGGACUCAUACAGGAGAGAAACCCUGUAAGUGCAGUGAAUGUGGGAAGGCCUUUUGUUGGAAGUCACAGCUCAUUAUGCAUCAGAGAACUCACACAGAUGAGAAACAUACUGGUGAAGUAAAUGUAAGAAACUUUCUCUCAAAAUUCAAGUCACAGGAAUUCCCAGAAAAUUUGUACAGGAGAGAAACUCUGUAAAUGGAAUCAUCUCAUUGUACACCAUGUAUAUGUGGCAUGUGGAACGCUGUUUUUUAUACACACAAAAAAUAUCAGUACAUGUGCACAAGGGACUCUAUGAAUUCAGUGAACCCUGUGAAAGUUCUUAGCAGGAAGUCUUGUAAGUUUGUGCAGGUGAGGAACAUUAUGAAUGAAAUGAAUGUCAGAAAGCCAUUUUUUGAUAUGCUAACAUCCACAAAGAGGAAAUUCCAUAAUGCAAAUGAAUAUAGAAUACAGUCCUUUGAAAUUCAUAGUUUAUUAAGAAUUAGGAUUUUAAUGAGAGAAAACAUAAAUGAAUGAAUUGCAGGUAUCAUAAGCUCAUACCUUGGAGAAACCAUGCUAUAAGUUAGGGAAAUUCUUCAUCUAGAAGGACAAACUUCUAGUAAAAAAAAAAAAAAAAAGAAAAAAUAUUUGAAUGAAUGAAGAUCUAUGAAUAUUUCAGAUGGGGUAAAGCCUCAGCAGGAAGGUUUACUUACUAUUAUUUUGAUUCAUUUGGAAAAAAAUAAUUUCCUUUACAAAUUAAGGGAAAUUAUGUUCCAAAUGUUCCAAACUUUUAGGAAACGAUUGGAGAAAGUAUUCAACUAUCAAUGAUAGGUAUGUUCAUAGUAGAACAUAAAGAUUUUUUAAUCUGUGUAAAUAAAUGUAAUAAUCAGGAUAAGAAUAAGGAUGACAUCAUAAGACCUGCAGGGAUAUUUAGGUGUUAUCUUCGUUUCUGUACUAUAAAAUAUGUUUUGUGUAGCUUUGCAUAUUCUUGUGAAUGCCACAUUUGGUAGAUAAAUUAGCUAGAUGACAAUACCAUUUUCUAGGGGUUUCUACUCUGCAUAGAGGCAUUCUUAUUUAAAAAUACGACUUCUUACUAGAAUAAUAUGGCAUUAAAAUGCAUUUCCAUACUUUAAACCUUUUAUUUUGUACCCUUUGUAAAUGGUCCUGAAAGCUACCUCUUUAGUUACAUAAUCAAUAUAGUGCAAUAUAGUUUCAUGUGAUUGUGUAUCUGCAAUCUGUUCUACCUUCUCUGGUUAGAACACCUUGAUUUCCUUUAAGAGAAUUCACAGUGUAUGCAGUCAUGAUGGGAUCAUCAUUCAAGGUGCCCUGCCAGGAGUUGGCUGAGACAGUUCAGAAUAUAAAUUUUUAAUGGACUCCUUAGUACAGAAAAUCAAACUUAGCUUUUGUUCUCAGGUAGCAUCUUACUGCUAGUAUUAAUUAGUUCCUUCUAUAUAGAUUACACAGAAUAGCUUUAGUUAUUGUCCCUUUUUAAUCCUAGUUCACUUCUCUGUUAAUUUGAACUAUCUUGUAUCCUCUCAGUACAUUUAAGUGAUACCUUUAAGUGAUGCUGCUGAAAUGUGUAUGUAUAGCUAUAGAUUCAGGAUGGUGAAAAGUCAUUCUACCAGUUGCUUACUUACAAAGUCAGUUUUUUCCACAGCCUCACCAAUUACCUUAUGUGAAUGAGCAUUAAUCUGAAAAUUAGGUUACGCUAUCUUGGAGGAAUAUGAGGAUUCAAAACUGCAAAUAUUUCUGAAACACCCACUACUUUGUGCUCUUUACUUCAGUGGGGAAUCCCAUCUCUUACCCAAAGAAACUGCAUCUUCCUUGAAGGACGCAGUCAAUGAUUUCUGAAUCCCAAGUCCUUAUGUGUUCAGCUCAUUAUUAUUAUCCAAUGUCAAUAGACCUGGGGUGAAGAAUGAUGAUUUACAGAAGGGAAGAGAAGGCUUGCAUAAGGAAAGAAUUUCAGAUAUCUGCUACAGUCUAUCCCAUAAACCUGGAAAAUAUGAAUAUGUAUUUUGUCAUUGAUGUUCCAAGGAAGAUAUAUACACAAAAUAAAGAAUAAACACAUAUUCUGUUUCCUACUAUCCAGGGUCAAUUAGAUUUCAAAGGUUCUGUAUUGUGUGAUGCAAAUCCACAUUCAGCCUCUCCCAGUAGAAGCCAGAGAUGUCAGCAUAAUGUUGAAGGUAUAAAUCAAACACUGUGUGAAAGGAUAAUGAUGGAUUGGGUCUGAUUUUAAAUGAAAUGGAAAAUUUUCCAGAUAAAUGAAACUUAACAAAAAUCAGUAGAUGAGCAACCAGUAAAAAACAAUAGGAAAGUUAAAAAUUGAAUUUCUGGCUUGAAAAUCUACCUAGUUCCUCUAACUCUGCCCCAGCCCCAGAAAAGAAAGAGGUUCCAGAGACUUUCAGUAAUAGUUGAUAAUUUUCAGGAAAGUUAAAGGAAAGAUAAUUCUAACAUUUUGCAAUAUUUCACAGGAAGUAGACAUUUUGGGGGGAAAUGACAAAGUCAUUUGUGAACAUAGAUUUAAAAAUUCUAAAUGGAAUUAUAGCAAAAAUGCAUCUAGUAAUGUAGAAUUUUUAUUUUUUUAAGUCAUGACAUUAUUAAGUGUAGCAGACUGUUAGUAGUGAAUCCAAUAUUUCUUUAUUACCAGCAGUAUCGUUGUAUUUUUCAUAAUGGUGAUGUGCUCAGCUAAAAAGCUGCAUUUUUCCAUUCUUUUUGUAGCUAAGUGUGAUCCUGCUGCUAAUUCUGAGUAAUGAAAUGGACAUAGAAGCUACCGAGAGGGAUAAUGGGAAGGUUUUUCAAAAGGAAAACAAGUGGGGAAAGCCCCCUAGUGUGCUUUCAUCUUUUCUUUUUAAUAUGCAACAUGCUGGAUGUUUGCAGACUCAGCAGCCAUCUUAGAGCCUGAAUUCCUCUUGAGGGUGGAAGCUGUCUGCUUGAGUGCAGUAGAGAGAUAAGAGUGAUGUGGCUCUCUGGUAAUGAUGGAGCUGCUGUGCCAGCCCUAGACCACCACGUCUGGGCAUAUUUUUACACAAAAGAGAGAUGAACUGUCUUGUUCAUGGCAUCUUUUCUUUUUUCGUUGGGAGGAGAGUUGGUUCUGUUAUGUGCACCUGAACCUGAUCCUAAUUAAAACUCAUUAGGGUGUUUGGAAGAUUUAAUAUUAAAAAUUAAUCACACUACCAGAAAGAAGCCAUAUGAGUAUCUCAGUAUGUGUAGAUAAAUCAUUUGAUGGGCUAUAAUACCCAUAGAUUAUUUUAAAAUGUUAUUAAAUUAGAGAUAGAAAUUAACUCCUUUAACUUUGCAAGGAGUAUGUUCCAAAAACUGACAAAUGUCAUAUUUAAUGAUAAAACAGUAAAUGUAUACCUUUAAAUUAAGAAAAAGAAUGCCCAUCAAUUUUAUUGAGCAAUAUAAUGACAGUUCUAGCCAAUAUGUGAGAACAGAAAGUUGUAAGGAAUUGGGGUUUGGGGCAGAAACAAAAAUCGUAUUGUUUGCACAUGUGAUUGUCUAUUUAGAAAAACCAAAAUAAACUACAGGCAAAUAUUUAAACUACAGGCUGUAAGGCAAGGAGUUGUUUCGCAUAGCUCUGAGAGCUGGCAGCUUGGCUGUGAGCACAAGCAAAUCUCUACAAUGUCUCCAUGCUCAGAUUCCAGGCCCUGCUGAGGGAAACAUUCUGAUUUGCCCUCAAAAUAUCUGAAGGCAGUUUUGCACUAACUCAACCAAAAGCUUCAACAAAGCUCAGUCAGUUGAAAUACAGAUCAGAUUGAUUCAGCCCCACCUUAUCUCCCAGCCUAAGAGCUGUCAUUAGAAAAUAUGUACCCUUUUCUGGAAGUAAAUAUAUAUUCAAAGAGCAAAGAAAAUUAUCAGGAAUAUAUAGGUACCUUAUAUAAUGAAAAGCAUCAUUUUGCCAAAAAGACAAUCCUAAAUGUGCAUGCACUUAACAAGAAAGCUUCAAAAUCAUGCAAAAACAGAGGUGAAAUGAGAAAUAUACUCUACCAUUUUAGUUGGACACUUCAACAGUUACUUCUCAGUAACAUAAGUUGGAGACCAAAAAUCAGCAAGGCUAUAGAAGCACUGAAUAAUGCCAUCAAUAAACUAGACCUGGUAGACAUGUCUAGAAUAUCCAACAGCAGAGUAUGUAUUCUUUUCAAUUACAUGUGAAGCAUUCAUCAAUACAGGUCAUGUACUAAGUCAUUAAUCUUAACAUUUUUAAAAUAAUUGAAACCUUUCAAAAUUUCUUCCAUCUAUAGUGCAGUUUAACAAGAAACCAAUUGCAACAAGAACAGAAAAAUCGACAAACACUUGGAAAUUAAGCAGCACAAUUCUAAGUAAUUCAUGGCUCCAAGAAAUUUCAAGAAAAAUAUGGGAAAUAUUUUGAAUUAUUAUAUACAACAUGUAUAAAUUAAAAUACAACAUAUCAAAUUUUUUGAGAUGCAGAAAAAGCAGUGUAUAGAGGGAAAUUAAUGGCACUAAAUACUUACAUUAGAAAAGAAUAAAGGUCUCACAUCAAUAAUCUAAAGUCCUACCUUAAGGAACUAGGAAAAGAAGAGUAAAGCCCAGUGUAAAUAGGAAUGAAAUAGUAAGGAUAAGAUCAGAAACCAGUGAAACUAAAACAGUGGAAGGGGUAAGCAACACAAAACAAAUUGACAACUUUGAUGGACUAAAUUCUUGAAAGACACAAACCACCAAAGCUUAAUAUGAAAUGGGUAACCUGAAUAGUGCUACAUUUAUUAAAGAAAUUAAAUUCAUAGUUAAAAUUCUCCCAAGAAAGAAAAAUCCAGGCUCAGAUCAUUUCACUGGUGAUUUCUAUCAAACAUUUAAGAAAGAAGUAAUAGCCAUUCUAUACUAACUCUUCAAGAAAAUAGAUGACAAAUACUUCUUAACCGAUUUUAUGAAAUCAGUGUCACACUGAUUAAAAGAAAAAACUACAAUUUCUUAAAAAACUACAAAUGUUCUUCAUGAACAUAGAUGUAAAAAGCCUCAAUAUUAGUUAAUUAAAUCCAGUAAUAUAUAAAAGGGUAAUACAUGAAGGCAAAUUUGAGUUUAUCUUGGGAAUACAAAGCUGAGGCUGACUCAAUAUUCAAAAUCCAAUCACUAAUUCAUACCUGACCAACUAAAAAAUAAAAAUCAUAUGGUCACAUCAACAGGUGUAGUAAAAGCAUUUGUUCAAAUUCCACAGCACUCAUGAUAAAAAAAACCUGAGAAAACUGGGAAUAGGAAGUAGCUUCCUCAAACUAAUAAAGCACAUCUGAAAAAUGUCUACAGCAGGGAUCCCCAACCCCCAGGGGGCACCACAGUACUAGUACUGGUCUGCGGCAUGUUAGGAACUGGGUCACACAACAAGAGGUGAGUAGCAGGCGAGUGAGCGUGGCUUCAUCUGCUGCUCCCCAUCACUCCCCAUCAAUCGCAUUACCUCCUGAAGCAUCCCCCCCGCCCCCUGGUCCAUGGAAAAAUUGUCAUGCGUGGAACUGGUCCCUGUUGCCAAAAAGGUUGGGGGCCGCUGGUCUACAAUUAAUGUCAUAAUGGUGAAAGAGUGAAUAGCUUCCCUUAAGAUUGAGGACAAGUCACUUAUAUCCACUCUCACCACUCUAUUUCAGCAUUGUACUGGAAGACUUAGCUGACUGCAUAAGGCAAGAAAAAGAAAUUAAAAAGAUACAGAUUGGAAAGGAAGAACGACAACUAUUCAGAGACAGCAUGACUGCCUGCACUCAAACUCCAUUUAAAACUUUACACACACACUAAAAAAGCCACCAUAACAAGUCAAUUUAGCAAGACAGCAAAAUAUAAAAUCAAUAUUCAAAAAUCAGUUCUAUUUUUACAUACUUGCAAUAUAAAAUGGAAAAUUAGGGUUAAAAUGCACAGCUAUUUAUGAUAGCACCAAAAACCAUGGAAUAGUUAAAUGUGAGUGACAUGAAAUGUAUGCUGAGAACAACAAUGAAGAAGGGAAUAAUAAUGACCUGGACAAUGGGAGGAGGUGCCCUGUUAAUGGAUUGGAAGAUUCAAUGUCGUUAAAGUGUCAGUGUUCUCCACACGGAUUUUUAGACUCAAUCCCAUUCCAAUAAAAUUCCCAGGAAGAUUUUCUGUGAAAACUGACAAACUGAUUCUAAAAUUUAUGUGGAAUAGCAAAGGAACUAGAAUACUCACAAUUUUGAAAAGGAAAAACAAAGUUGCAAGACAUAUACUCUUUGAUUUCUAGGCCUGUCAUUAAGCUACAACAGCUAUGACAGUGUGGUAUUAUGAAAGGACAGACAUACAGAUUAGUGAAACAGAAGAGACUCCUGACUAAAACUACACACUACAUAGUGAACCGAUUUUUGUCAAAAUUACAAAAUCAAUUCAUUGGAAAGAGAAUAGUCUUUACAAAGAAAAUGGUGCUGAAACACUUGCACAUCUGUUUGAGAAAAAUAUGUGUCUUGGUCUAUACUUACACCAUAUACAAAAAUUAAUUUUUUGAGGAAUAUACUAGAGGUUGAGCUUCCAGCUAAAGGGCUGAUGGUGAGCAUUUAAUAUAUUUAAUUUUACAUCUAAGACUAAAAUGAGGGUUGAGCAAAGAUGAAGAAUACUAUAUAAAGAUAUUUUCUGGUAAAGUAAGAAUAUGAAGUGAGCAUAAGAAGAAAGAGGGUUGGGGGAAGUAAGAUACUGCCAUUGAUAUUAGGAGGAAAGCAAAGGAUACCACUUUAACUCUUAGGCUGAUAAUAACAGAUGGAGAAAAGUGGGAUUCAGGGCACUAUAAGAAGAUAUAAAAGUAACAACUGGAACAAUAUGAAGCCUAAAUUACAAAAGAAAUUAUUUGAAAGAACAAAGAACCACACAGAAGAAAAAAGUAAAUAUAAAUAGGUUACACUGAAAUGAUGGGAGGGGGCCGGAGAAAAACCAUUUAUGGCAGGUGAAUUCCAACUGAUAAAUGUAGAAGAAAUGAUGAAAUUAGAAAAUUGUCAUUAGACAGCCACUAUAGUAAAGAUUGUUUCAGGCAGGAAUUAAUACUAAAACUUGUAAGCAAAAGUAUUAUGAGGAACAAAUAUUAGUCUCAAAGCUCAGAUACUUCUUAAUUACAAAAACAGUAAUGUUAGAUUGAGAAAUUUCAGAAAUUAGGAGAUAUUUUUACAUAAAUGAUGGUAAAAUACAAUGGUAAAAAGUGAAGGAAAAUGUAUAGUUUUAAUGUAAUAAGAAAAAGGUUGAAAACCAAUUAUCUAGCCUUCUAUUUCAGGAAGCCACAAAAGAAAAGCAAAUUAAACUCAGAGAAAGUAGCAGGAAGGCAAUAAUGGAGAGCAGAAAUUGAUUAAAUAGGAACCAAAUGUACAAAAGAGAAAUUGCCACUGAAAGUUGAUUCUUUGAUUAAUAAAAUUCACUUCUGAUCAAGACAAAGCAAGACAGGGAAGCAGCCGCAUAGCACAGGGAGAUCAGCUCGGUGCUUUGUGACCACCUAGAGGGGUGGGAUAGGGAGGAUGGGAGGGAGAUGCAAGAGGGCAAUAUGGGGAUAUAUGUAUAUGUAUAGCUGAUGCACUUUGAUAUAAAGCAGAAGCUAACACACCAUUGUAAAGCAAUUUUACUCCAAUAAAGAUGUUAAAAUAAAAUACUGGGAAAAAAAAAAGAAAAAGCAAGAAAGAGGAAAAAAAAUACAUUGCCAGUAUCCAAUAUGAAAUGGGAUAUCACAACAGAUUUUACAUGAAAGUAAAUAAAGUAAACGUAAAAGAAGGUUAUGUAAUAGGCAAACACAUUUGACAGUUUAGAUAGUAAGGACAAAUUCCUUAGAAAUCACAACUUAAAUUCGAUAAAAGAAGAAAUAAAAAAACAAAUCAGUCCUAAAUCUAUUGAAGAAAUUGAAUCCAAAAUUAAAAACCUUUCCACAAAGAAAGCUUGAAGUCUAGAUGUCUUCCCUAGUGAAUUCUUCCGAAAUGUAAAGAAGAAAUAAUUCCAAUUCUAUAAAAUUUUCCAGGGAAUAGAAAAAGUGAGAGAAUGCUUCCCAAUACUUUUUUUGAGACCUGCAUAACUUUGGUGCCAAAAUUCAACAAACACACUAGAAAAAAAGAAAAUGUAGACAUUUAUUUCUCAUGAACAGAGAUGCAAAAAUCCUAAACAAUGAAUUAACAGAUGGAAUCUAGUGAUAUAUAAAAAUUAUAUCAUGAUCAAGUAUGGUUUAUUGUAUCCAUGCAAGGAUGGUUUAAUGUUACAAAAACAAACAAACCCAAAAAACAGGGGAUUUCCCUGGUGGUCCAGUGGUUAAGACUCCAUGCUUCCAGUGCAGGGGGCACGGGUUUGAUCCCUGGUCAGGGAACUAAGAUCCCACAUGCCGCGUGGUGCAGCUAAAACAAACAAACAAACAAACAACCCACACACACUGAGAUCCAUCACAGUUACAGAAUAAGGGAGAAAAACCAACCCGAGACGCAGAAUAAAAGUAAGUGAUGAAAUUAAACAGGUAUUUAUAGCAAAAGCUCUUAAAUCUAGUAAUAGAGAGGAACUUCCUUAAUCUGAUAAAGCAUAUUUACAAAAGAAAUCUAUCACAGACACUUCAUGUUGCAGACACAUCAUGAUUUCAUUUCAGGUGAAAUAAUGCUCUCUCCUUGCACAUAAGAAUAGAAAAAAUUACACUAUUACUUCUUUAAUUCACCAUUGGAAAGAAAGAAAGAAAACUUAUCCAUUCCUAUACAAUAUGUUUAUGUACUUAGAAAACCAAAAAAAAAAACCCCUGAAGAUAAACUGUUAGAAUUAAGUAAAUUUAGCAAAGUUGCUAGGUAGAAUGUCAGUAUACAAAAGUCAACUGUAUUUCUGUAUAUUACAAAACAAUUAGAUAAUUGAACUAAAAGUACCAUUGACAAUAGCAUCAAAAAUAUCGAAUGAUUAGAAAUAAGUCUAAAGAAAGGUGUGAAAAGCCUCUAUACAGAAAACUGCAAAAUAUUGCUUGAAAUUUCAUAAAUGAGAUCUAUUUUGUAUUUGUGGAUUGGGAGACUCAAUAUUGUUCUCAAACAUUUCCCAGGGACUUCCAAGUGCAGUGGUUGAGAAUCUGCCUGCCAAUGCAGGGGACACGGUUUGAGCCCUGAUCUGGGGAAAUCCCACAUGCUGCAGAGCAACUAAGCCCAUGCACCACAACUACUGAGCCUGUGCUCUACAGCCCACGGGCCACAACUACUGAGCACGCGUGCCACAACUACUGAAGCCCACGUGCCUAGAACCCGUGUUCCACAAGAGAAACACCACAAUGAGAAGCCCGCAGAGCACAACGAAGAGUAGCUCACGCUCGCUGCAACUAGAGAAAGCCCGUGCACAACAACGAAGAACCAAGGCAGCCAAAACUAACUAACUAAAUUUAUAUUUUAAAAAAUUCCCAAAUUGACCUAUAAAUUCAGUGCCAUCUCAAAGUCCUAGUAUAUGCAUUUUUGUCAAAAUUAACGAGCCAAUUCUGAAAUUCCUGUGAAGAUGCAAAGGGUGAAGCAUAGCAAAGACAAAGAGGAGGAAAAUUGAAGGAUACACACUGAAUAUCGACUUAUCCCAUGAUUAAAAUAGUAUGGUUUUAUGUAAAGCAAGACAAACAGAACAAUGGAACAACAGAUCAGAGAGCCGAGAAGCAGACCCACACAUGUACCAUCAUCUGAUUUAAGACAAAAAGUACCACUGCAAUGCAAUGGUGAAGACUCUUCAAUAAAUCAGGUGAAUUGGAUGUCCUAUGGGGUGUGUGUGGGGUUAACACACCCAUACCUCGUACCAUAAGUUAAAAUUAUUUCCAGAUUAAUUGUACACCUAAAUGUAAAGGGGGAAAAAAUAGACCUUCUAGAAGGUUACAUGGGGGGAAAUUUGGUAGCAUUUGAGAAGGCAGAUCAAGUGCAAAAAAGGCAAAGCUAACAUUUGGUGACUUAAGUCCAGGGUGGUCACCGUGGGGGGAUAGUGACUGGAAACCAGCAUGAGAGAGCCUUGAAGCGUGCUGGAAAUGGUGAGGACACAGUAUCUGCAUGUAUGGGAAAAUCAGAGGUAAACCCUAAAGAUCUGUGCACUUUAUGUAACUUACAAGGACAGAAAAUCAAAUUCAUCAAGAACUUACACAAUGUGCUUUCAUUUUCUUGGACUUGUAUGUUUGUUCAAGUUUUCACAUGUAAUAUUAUGUUAAUUUAAAAUGCUCUUGGUUAAGUAUCUAUUUAGGCUUGUUUCAACGACAAAAUAGAUUGAUUUUUUCCAGCUCUUCACAGAGUAGGCAAUCAACAGGUCCUGAGAGGAUGGAUUCCUCAAACGGAGGGACACUCACUCAUCUGUGAUGUCACUGUGCAGCCUGGGCCUGGAGUGUAACAAGCAUGCUUACUGAGUAACGAGAAUGUAGUGCGCAGCGAGACCUCCCUCCUCUCCCACCCUCCGAGUCAGUGUGCUGCUGGGUGACGUGAAAACCAACACUUGGGGGCCAGAUGGGAGCGGGCUAACCUCAAACCCACCCUCUACCAGUUCUGUGACUAGACCAGUGACUUAACCUCUCUGACGGGCAUCUUGUCAUAUGGGAAUGAUGGCAAAAUACCCACCUCACAGAGUGCCGCAUGCUCAGUAAAUAGACCCUGGGCUCUGAGUCCCUGUUCCCCCCCUGCACCUGACCUACCACCAGAGGGAACGAAGGUUUGUAGCAGGUGAAGUGGGUCUUGUUUGGGCACAGCACCACUGCCCAGCCACCUUUGAGCCUGAAGCAGAAGGAAAAAUCGAUAAUACUCAUCUCAUCUUUAAAAAAUUUUUUUGAACAUUUUCUCUAGCAAAAAAAAAAAAACAAAAAAGCA